GAAAUAAGACCAGGCAUUUCUGGCCAAGAUUUAGAUAAAUUGGCCCAAAAAUUAAUGAAAGAACAAGGAGUUCGGUCGUCCAGCCUCGGUUAUAAGGGUUUUUCGGCGUCCAUUUGUGUGGCUAUUAACCAUGAAUUGACCCACGGCAUACCGGAUGAACGGAUUUUUCAAGAGGGUGAUUUGGUCUCAAUAGACGUAGCCUGCCAUUAUCAGGGUUAUCAUGCUGAUGCGGCUCUGACGACCAUCGUCGGGACCGGAGAUGAAACCAAAAAAAAUCUCCUCAAUACCACUAAAAAUAGUUUAUAUUACGCUAUUCAAAAUAUCCAACCAGGACUUACUACUACUCAAGAUAUUGGUGCUAUGAUAGAAAAAUACAUUCGAACUCGUGGUUAUUAUCCCAUUAAAGAAUAUG